AUGAACGAGGCCACGGAUGCGCUGGAUCACAUAAAACAGCAGCAGCCCAAAUCCUCCAACGCGCGCGAACGCGCCGCCCUCUCCGACUGCUCGCAGUUCUACGACCUGUCGAUCACGCAUUUGAACCAAAGCUUAGACCCCGACCUCGACUCCACUCCUUUCGACGUCCAGAUUUGGCUAAGCGCCGCGCUAACAAACCUCGACAACUGCAAGACCACCAUGAGCGAGCAGAACGUCACGCAUCCGCUCUUCCUCAACAACAAGGCCUCGCAGCUGAUCAGCAGCGGCCUCGCCAUCAACGCCCAGCUCAUCAAGGAUAGCCGCGAAGAUCUCCUUAGCUGGUUCCCCGAUGAAGAUGUGCUGAGCUUGCCAGACCUGGCAAGAGAUGAUACUAUAAUCGUGGUGGCGCAGGAUGGAUCUGGGGAAUUCCGCAGCAUCAAGGAAGCCCUCGACGCUUAUCACACAAGGAAAGGUAAUGGGAGAUUUGUGAUCCACGUUAAGCAAGGGACGUAUCGUGAGAAUGUCGAGAUCAAUCGAGAGAUGAGCAACGUGAUGCUGGCCGGAGAUGGCAUCGGAAAAAGCAUCAUCACCGGGGAUAGAAGCGCACGCUCAGGAUUCAGCACCAGGGAGUCUGCAACUGUCAAGGUGAUGGGGGACGGAUUCGUGGCGCGAGACAUGACAUUCAGGAACACAGCGGGGCCAGACGGGGGCCAGGCGGUGGCGCUGCUGUCGAGCUCGGAUCGAUCAGCCUACUACCGGUGCGCCUUCGAAGGGUAUCAGGACACGCUCUGGGUGGAUGUGAACCGCCAGUUCUACCAAGAAUGCCUCAUAUACGGCACCAUAGACUUCAUAUUCGGGAACGCCGCGGCGGUGAUCCAAAACAGCGUAAUCUACGGGAGGGCGCCGCGGCGGGGGCAGUCAGUAGUGAUCACUGCGCAAGGGAGGACGGAGAGGAACCAGCCGACCGGAUUGUCGAUCAUAAACUGCAGGUUUAAGGCGGACCCGGAGCAGAAGCAAGCGGUGAGGGGGUUGAAGGCGUAUCUGGGACGGCCGUGGAGGGAUUACGCGCGAGUAGUGUAUAUGAGAAGUUAUCUGGAUGGGAUGGUGGAUCCGGUGGGGUGGAUGGAUUGGGGUCAAAAGAGUGAGACGGUGUACUACGCCGAGUAUGGCAACUACGGGCCGGGCUCUCCCACCAAGAUGAGAGUCAGAUGGUCGGGUUUCAGAGUGAUAAAGGAUAUUCGUGAAGCCCAAAAGUUCUGUGUGGCUAACUUCAUAGCUGGUCUCAAAUGGCUGCCGCAUACUGGGGUGCCCUUUUCUGCUGGCUUAUAAUUUCUUUAAUUACUGCCUUCCUUCACAGUCAUAUAUACACUACAUUUUAACAAGUUAAUUAUCAUCCGAGUUUAGAAAUGAGGAUGUAUAUAUAUGGAAUUGAUAAAACAAGGCCACCAUUUUGCAA